AUGGCGCUGGAAAUCCAGACACCUUUCGGUACAGCGCUGCCGCCGGCACCAAGGCAUGCUAUUACAGUCCAUCUUCCAGAAUGGCGGUCGAUUGUGCGCUUCAAGGACCAUGACCCAGAGCUGUUGACGGCGCUCAAGAGCAUGUACCCGCGCUUUGUCCUGCACAAGGACGUGUUGGAGCUCACUCAAAAGAUCAUCGAGGUUGCUGGCGUCGAGGACGGACAAGGACAGCAAGGCUGCUUUCUGUUCCCUUCCUUGCACGCCGCUCGCGAUUGCAAGGACUUUGCCACAUCUCCUCGUCGAGGCGAAGGGAAGACAGUCCCGCGCGACAAGGUCUCUAUCCGGAUCUUCAAGACACAUGAUCAUGUCCCGCUGUUGUACGCUGUCAUGUUCCCCGUCGAGUCCACGCCCACGGUGCACGGCUUCUGGGUCAACGCGGGCGUCGGCAUCUCCUCUCGACUGGCGGAAGACUGCCUCCAACAUAUCGGCUCGCUGCGAGAAGUCAAGCACGACGAGGAGGAAGAACUCGGAUCGCCAGACGGACUGGCUCAUCAACAGAUCAAAGAAAGGAUAGCAGGACUGCUGGACCGUGCCCCGGUUGACCCGCAGCGCACGACGCGAGUGUCGCCAAACGACGUCUAUUUCUUCUCGACGGGCAUGGCGUCUAUCUACUGGGUCCACCGCUACCUGCUGACCAAGUACAACGCGCCCUCUGUCCUGUUCGGCUUCUCCUUCCACUCGACAAUCCACGUGCUCGAGGAUUUCGGCCCGGGCGUCGACUUCCUGGGCCUGGGCUCAGCAAAGGACCUCGAAUCGCUCGAGAAGCACCUGCUCCUUGCCUCGCAGCGGGAGUGGGAGCGGGGCAAGAGAGGAGGAGGAGUACAGGCCAUCUGGGCCGAGUUUCCCUCAAAUCCGCUGUUGAGCACACCAGACCUGCGCCGGCUGAGAGAGCUGGCCGACGCGCACGGAGCGCUGGUCGUGGUGGACGACACCGUGGGCGGUUUCUGCAAUGUCGACGUCCUGGACGUCGCCGACAUCGUCGUCACCUCCCUGACCAAGUCGUUCAGCGGGUACGCCGACGUCAUGGCCGGCAGCGCCGUCCUGAGCCCCUUGUCGUCGCGAUACGCGGAGCUGAAGGCGCUGUUCGAGACGGAGCAUCGCGACAACUUGUACAUCCGCGAUGCGGAAACCCUGGAGCGCAACAGUCGAGAUUACCUUGCUCGUUCUGCCGUGCUGAACGACAACGCGGAGAAACUGGUCGAGUACCUGCACAGCGAAGCGCUGAACCCUACAAGCAGCGUGAAACAGGUCUUCUACCCGACCGUCAAUGCCGACACUCUUGCAAACUACACGGCGUACAUGCGGUCAACAACACCGGAGUUUCCCCGGCCGGGAUACGGAUGCCUCUUGAGCGUGGAGUUCCGCGACGUCGAGGCCGCGACCACGUUCUACGACAAUCUCCACGUCCACAAGGGCCCGCAUCUCGGCGCGCAUCUGACCCUGGCCCUGCCUUAUGCGCUGGGUGUGUACGGCAACGAGGCCGAAUGGGCGAGCACCUACAAUGUCAGGCAGGAGCAGGUGCGGAUCUCGGUGGGGCUGGAGGAGACGAGGGAGUUGGUCGACACGUUCAGAAGGGCCGUCGAGGCUGCUGACGGCAGAAGCGCGGGUUUGCAGAAUUGA